GUGGUAAAAUCACCUCCGUCGCUCCUUUUCUCUUCCUCCACCCCUACAGCCCUACUCCCCCCUCCGUCGUCUAGUUCGUCUCCGAGUUCCUGCUCCUCCUCCUCCUCCUCCUCCUCCUCCUCCACCUCGUCGUCGUCCUCCUCCUCCUCCGUGGUCUCCUGCUCCGCCGCCGCCGCCAAAUGAGGAGCGCGCUCCUUAGGCACCUCUCGCGCGCCGCCGCGCUCUCCUCUUCGAGAUCGACCCGAUCCCCCAUUCCCUCCUCCCUCUCGAUCGCACGGCACUAUGCUGUUUCAGCAGCCUUAUCAGAGGAAGAAGGAGAAACCAUAACUUUUCCAAGGGAAGGCCCAGGAGUUUCUUAUGGAUUAAAUUGGGCUCUAGCUGGAAGAGGUGUAAUUGUAAAAGAUAAAGCUUUUUAUAACUUGAAGUCAUCGGAGCUUCAAAAAAGCGGUGCAACAGGAGUAGAGAGCUUGUCUGGUCUUCCUCUUCAUGUGAGAGGAAAUGUUGUUGGCGGUGCUUCUGAUGUUUCAAAGGCUCAAUUUGGAAAGCUUUUAAAACAGGUUACUUCUCACAUUUCAUCCAUCUCAAGUGUCUAUGUACAAGAUGGAGCUGUCGGUUCAUCUUCAAAAUGUGAUGCAAAGGUUCGUGUCAUCAGUGACAACCCGUCCGCUUUGCUGUCGUUCUCGAAUGUCCUCUGGAAAACACCUACCCGUGCAAUUUCCCAUGACUCUUGCCCUCUGACUGUAUAUGUUGCUAGCUCCAUCAGCCCAAGUAUCAGGGAGAUCCUUGGCCCAGUCCAACAGCAAUCUAGUGGAUUUGCUGCAGCUGAUGUGGAGCGUUCCUCACUUGUUUUAUGUGGUAAAGCUUUUGCUGAUUCGAAUAGUGUGAAAGAUGCUCUUGCAGCUUUGGCUGCUCCUGUACUAUCUGCAAGAGGAGGAGUUCCUCUUUCUGCCAGGCUCCUUGUGUCUGGUGAUUCCGUGGCUCUGCUAUUUUCUCCAGAAGAGAUUCUCAAGGACUCGGAUAUUCAAAAGGCUUUGGUUUCCACUGAUUCUGGUGUAGUUAUUUCUUCUCAUGGGUCUUCUCUGCUCUUUAAGACCAAGGAUUCUGCAUCGCCUAGUAUAUUUAAGAAGCCAGCCUCUGUGAUCUUUGCAUCCUCUGAUAGCACUGGAGCCCUUCCAUCAGUAUCGAAACUCUCUCCGGGUCAAGCUGCCUACCACUUUUUAGCGGGCUUUAAUGAUGGGAACUUCUUGCCUGCUUACACAAAGGGUCCCUCCCCAAUCGAUCCGCUCUCUCUUGCAAAUGCCCUACUUUCACAGUUGAAAGAACACAAUAUCCCAUCUUUCCUAAUCAAUGUUAAUGACGGUGGCAAGCACAUCUCUGGAAAGGAGCUCGUAAAACGCAUUGAGUCUGCUUUAUCUAAUAACUUGCCAGAAAGCAAACCAGCUGCCGAUCCCAAGGUUGGAGAUCUCAAGGGCAAGUACAAGAGCUUUUUGUCAGGUAAAUUCCAGGAAUUACCGGAGGAGUUUUCCUUCUGAGGGGAGGAUCUCUUGAAAACUGUUUUUGACUUAAAAUUUCUCCUCAAGGCAGCUCUUGGAUUUGUACAUUUAAUUUUCUUUAAGUUGUCAUAAUGAGCUCAUUGCCGUUCUUAUUUAUGAACGGUUCUCUGGUGAAAACAAACAUCAAUUUACCAGUUUAUUUUUAUCACAUGCUCGCUAUUCUCGGAGAACUAACGAGGAAACUUGUACUCGACUACUUGCCUAGUAAAGGUUCCGCUCCUCUCUCUCUCUC